AUGGAAACUAACAAGGAAAUUGAAUUAAAGGAUAACAAUGAUUUGGAUAUACCGAGAUUAAAUAAAUAUUAUCGCAGUGCUUGGAGGUCGUUAGAGUUGGAUAAUUCAAAGCUCGAUCAACGUUGUGACUUUCUUCAAAAUAAAUUUAAAAAUGUUAACUCCUUUGAUAAAAAUGAAAAAAUGCGAUGUAAUAAUUGUCAUAAUUUGACUUAUUCUAUUCGGUUGCUACAAUUUAUAAAGCAGUUAGGAAAGAUGGCUGCAAAAAAAUUGUUAAGAUAUGGUAAACAACUAGUUAUUUUGAAAAUGCUAAAUAGCUCUGAUAAGGAUAAGAAUAACCUUGAUUGGUUUGAUGAGUUUGCUCAAUAUCUCAUCCCUUGUCCUGGAGUAACAAAAGAUCCGAAUACCGGCAAUUUUAUGCUAGUUUUAAGACAUAUGAUGACUAAUUUACGAAAUUUCCUACUUGAAAAUAAUUCUACAAUUACCUGGGAACAAAGAUAUGACAUCCUUUAUGAGAUCACUUCCUGCUUAAAUGAAAUUCAUAGAAAGGAUCAUGUUCAUAGAGAUUUACAUUCUGAAUAUGCGAUUCUAAUGGAGCAAUGUUGGAAUGCAACUUCAGAAAAUAAACCUGAA